AUGUCGCCUUUGUCCUUCACGUCCGAGAGAGCCCUCGCUCAAGCUGCUGAUGAGUUCGCUGCAGCGGCUCGCAAGCCCCGCGUCGUCGUCACCGGAGGGUCUGGUAAACUCGGCAGGCCCACCUUGAUCGAGCUGUACGAGAAUGGAUGGGAAGUCAUCAACUUCGACAGGGUCCCACAUCCAAGCACCAUCCCACAGGAGAUCAUCUUCAUGCAAACAAAUCUGGAAGACAUGGGUCAGGUCAUUGAGAAUCUUAUUGACGUCGAUACGAAAUACAAAGGCGUCAACGCCAUCGUCCACCUUGCAGCUCUCCCUGCUCCUGGUAUGAUGGCCUCGUCCACACAGUUCCAACUAAACACCAUGUCGACGUAUAACAUCCUCGAAGCCUCCCGUAAGCUCGGAAUCAAGAACCUCGUUCUUGCAUCGUCCGAGACAUUGCUCGGUUUGCCGCUCAACCCCUGGCUGCCCGACCGUAUCCCCAUGGACGAAAACUCUCCUCGCAGGCCCGAGAGUGCAUACUCACUGAGCAAGCUAGUUGGCGAGGUGAUGUCAGAGGAGUACACUCGCUGGGAUCCGUCCACCAAGAUUGUGUCCCUGCGAUUCUCCAAUGUCAUGGCGCCCGAUGACUAUGCCGCGUUUGAGACCUGGCAGGACGAUCCGAAGAUCAGGAAGUGGAACGUGUUCGGUUAUAUCGAUGCUCGUGACGGUGGUCAGGCAAUCAGGAAGUCACUCGAGUACAAGGCCACGGGCCAUCACCAGUUCCUCAUUGCAAACUCAAACACCACCAUGCGCAAGCCGAACGCCGAGUUGGUUGCCGCUGCCUUCCCAGGCGUCCCAUACACGCCCACUGCUGGGCCCAACGACACUCUCCUGAGCAUCGACAAGGCUAAGCGCGUGCUCGGCUUCUCUCCGAAGUGGGAUUGGAAGUAG